AUGGACUCUGGUUACAAAGUUGGAAUACAACGUCAUAAUCAAGAAGUCGAUAAAAAUCGUUAUAUUUUAGACAAAAUUCAAAACUGUAUACAAUUUUAUGGAAAACAUAAUUUACCACUAAGAAGUCAUGAUAAAAAAAUAAAUUCUAAUAAUAAAGUAAUUUUUCUCGGUGUAGUUGAGUUAUGCAAAGAUUUGGAUAUAAGCCUACGUAGUAAUUUUGAAAAUUCGAAAGUGUUUAAAGGGACUUCUAAAAUAAUACAAAACAAUUUGUUAGAUUGUAUACUUCUCGUUGCCAGAAAAAAAAUUUUACUUGAAUUAAAAAUUGAGCAAUUUGUUUCUAUAACAGUUGAUGAAGCUACUGACAUUAUUAAUAUGUUUCAGUCAGUUAUAGUAUUUCGCCAUGAAAUAAAAGGUCAACCAGUAGAAAAAUUUUGGAAGUUUUCAAAUCUUGAUGGCCACAAUGCAGAAUCAUUAACAUCAACAAUAUUAUCUGAAAUAAAUCCUAUUUUGAAAAAUACUCAAAACAAACUAAUAGCACAAUCGUAUGAUGGGGCGGUAUUAAUAAGUGGAAGAAAAAGUGGCCUUAACACCUUAGAGUAA